CUGCCUGGCACAUGCAUGUGCACUCCGGUGUCCUUUGCAUGCUGCACCUCAGUGCUUUGUCGCACCUGCUGAUCCAAGGCGCUCGCGUGGUUUGAUUCACGCCGCCGCCAACCGGCCAAGGGGCACUUGUCACAAGUCACUCGCCAGCAGGAGACGGCGCGGUCGCCGUCAUGCCCGGUUACGAUCCCGUCCGUGACCCGAAUCCAUCGCCCACUCGCGAGAAGGCGGAUGCUGGCUUCCCAACCCUAGGAAAAGAUGCACUGCCUGCUGUGGUACAUCCGAGCCUUGAUCGAUCCGGCUCAUCCUCUUCGCGCACGAGCUUGGGAGACGGAAGCGUAAGUGGCGAUGCGAGCGGUAUGAUGUCGCCUGUGCGGACCCGGGCAUCAAUUGCGGACAUCCUCAACCCAUCAUCAUCUUCGCCAGCCUUUACGGGUCAAGAUCGAGAGGGGCAGCGAGUAGACACCGCGCUGUCGAGAACAAGUCAUGCAAUUGCACCAAUGACAGCUUCGUUGUUGCUUACUGGGAACAGCAUCCAGUUUGGCUCGCCCUUCUCGGCUCACACCCAGCUGCCGCUGUCUGCCGGAGGAUACGGACGCCAAGAGCGCAGCCCGAGUUUGGUCAACAUUCUCAAUGGUGGAGAGGCAGGACCGGUAGAGCGCAGCACGCCAAAGUCGAGAUCCUCAUCCAUAUCAGCAUCGAGAGCGCCGUCCAUCUCGAUGCACGCUUCUUCCUCGCCUGAACUUGGGUCUGGAGCCUCAGUCGAGCGGUUUGCGUUGGCAGACAGUCCAAAGGGUCGAUUUGCCACGUUGCUACACGGACCGAGCCCUGUGGGAGGGCCCAUCACGCCAGCUGCAGCCUUCGUACCUUCCAUAAGGCUCGAAGAGGGCGGCAGGUCGCGUUCAUCAGAAGGGAAAGUAAGAAAUGGCUUCGUUGUCCCAGACAAACCUGCAUCUCGCUCGCCAGACGUUAGCAGAAUAAUUCCUCAGCUUCCUGAGGUCUCGACACUGAGGUCGACUGGGGCUGCAUUGGCUUCGCCGACAACUUCGACUCUGUCUAUCGAUUCUGGCUCUACUCCAGCAGUUGCCAGUGUCGCACCCACCUCUCAAGCGGACGAAGCUUCUGGGUACCCGCUGGAUCCCACAGCUACCUCUUCGUCAACCACCGUUCAAUCAGUAGAGAACCACCAGGCUACCCUGGCAUCCCCGAAGACUGCAGGAGCCGAACCAAUUCCUGCCUCUCUGCGGAAUGUCACAACUACUGCAGGGGUCAGGAGGAAGCAUUCAGUCAUGGUUCCAAACGAAGAACUCGUCCCAUUCUCUGUGAACUGUGCUGCCGCAGCAGCAGCGGAAAAAAUUGGUGGUCCCCCUCAGAAAAAGGCCCGCAAGGCUUUUACGGAUGAGAAUCAAGAGGCGAAAGGGAUGUCUUCACCUCAAGCCAUUCAUCCAUUUGCCAAGUCGAUGCGCACUUCAUCGCCAAUUCCGGCCUCUACUUCAUCCGAUGCGAAAGAAGACCCUCUGUCAGAGCCCUCGUCCGCCGCCUCCGCCGCGCCGAUGCCCACAGUCAAAGCUUCCCGUUACGCACCGAGAGAGCGCUUUUCUCGUCCUGGCUCAAUUUUGCAGCCCAUUCUACCUGAUGAGAUAGAAUCUUUCAAGCGGCGACAUCAGAAUCCACUCCGACGAAUGGCUGAGGGUGGCGCUGCAGGCAGCGCAAGCACGAGCAUAUAUCAGGAUGGGCAACGGCCCAUCGAGAACGCCGGCGAAGUCGCAGAGCACUACAACCGGCGACACGAUGUUGGCGUACAAGGGCGCGAGAGGAGUCGCAUCUUUCCACUGCGCAAGUUCAACAACUGGAUCAAGUCGAUCCUAAUCGGACGCUACGCCCGGGAUCGUCCGUCCCCUGGUUCCAAUGGCGAAGACAAAGGCGAGGUGGAGGGCAGGCGCUCUAGACGUCUUGGGCCUCGUGUAAUGGAACUCGGUUGCGGGAAAGGUGGUGACUUGGCUAAAUGGGACAAGGCGCGUGCUUCUCAUCUGGUCAUGAUCGACAUCGCGGAGGUCUCGAUACAACAUGCGCAAAGUAGGUACUUUGAUCGAAAGCAUUGCUAUACUGCCGACUUUUAUGCUUUCGACUGCUUCGGGAUACCGCUCUUCGAAAAAGUCCCAGCCGAGGUUCUGGAACUGCAAUUCGACAAUCUCAGCCUCCAAUUUUGCAUGCAUUACGCAUGGUCUGACAUUCCAAAAGUCCGUGUUAUGCUUGAGAACAUAUCCAAGUACCUGCGGAAAGGCGGCAUCUUCAUCGGAACGAUUCCGGACGGGGAUCGGCUUCGGUCCAAGUUAAAAGAGCUGCCAGAGGGUCAGCUUAAAUUCGGUAAUUCGAUCUACUCUGUUGAGUUUGAGCAGCGGGAGAGCUUCCCCAUCUUUGGGCACAAGUACAACUUCUUUUUGGACGAUGCAGUCGAGAAUGUGCCCGAGUACGUAGUCGAUUGGACGCAAUUCGAAUCACUUGCUUUCGAAUAUGGAAUGAAGAAGAUCUACCGCAAUAACUUCUUGCAAGUUUUCGAGGAAGAGCGUAGCGAUGGGAGCUUCGGUUCGCUGCUCGAAAGGAUGGACGUGGUCGAUCGGAGGACAAAGCAGCCACUUCUAGAUGACGAAAUGUGGGAAGCAGCAUCGAUCUACCAAGCAUUCGCAUUCGAGAAAAUUCGUUGAGCUUACGAUGUUACAACACCAGUCCGGCAACAACUGCAGCCUAGCCUAGCUUAUGUACUAAUGUUUACGCAAUCAGUGCGCGUGAACUACGCUGUCACACCUGGCGCAAAGCUCGGUGCCCUCUGACCGAGUGAAGAGCCAACACCUGGGGCACUUGGCCUGCUGCGGUGCGCUAAUGGUGAUGCUCAGGCCCAUAUGCUCGCCUGUCACCUGCCAUUGCGAGGCAGAGAUAUCGAGACUAUCACGGUGCAGAAGGCGCGAGACGUUUAAAAAGCGUGCCA